AUGUCGCAAGGGAAAGACGUAAUUUUUACUAAUGUAACUGUCAACGAAGGUCAAGGUUAUAACCGGUCCAAUGGCAGAUUCACCGUGUCAGUCCCUGGUCUGUAUGUGUUCACAGUUCAACAUUGCAUACAAGAUGCGAAGUAUUCCGGCCUGGAAAUUGUACACCAAGGGAAAACACUGCAACGGGCAGUGUAUCAGGAGGGUGAUCUCAUACAUUCGUGCUCGUACGAGCAUAUUGAUACCGUCCAAUCGUGUUCCUCUAUGCAGGCAUUUACAAUGGCUGCAAUGGCGGAUCAAAUAUGGGUAAAGACCACGGAGACGUGUUAUUUCUUCGAGGACUAUAUGCGCUAUACAUCAUUUUCCAGCGCACUGAUUCAUACAUAA